UGUCAUUUGAUUAUUCCUUAUCAAGGGAAAAGUUUUAGAAAUUACGGAUCAAAAUUAUGUAAAUUCAGGCCACUAAAUUUUAAGUUGUUAACUAUUAAAUCAAUUUUAAUUUAUUGGAUUAUCUAAAACGAAAAAGGUUCGACAUGGCCCAAAAUCCACAAAUGGAAAUCUCUUUUCGUGAUAUUGCUGCAACAUCCUAUUUGUUGCGUGAUAGGGUUGUACAAACUCAAUGUGUGAAGUCACAACUAACGAACUACUUGAAGUGUAAGUCGCUACAUCUUAAGUUAGAGUAUAAGCAAAAUGGUGGAAGUUAUAAAACUCGUGGUGCAUUUAAUGCAUUGAUGACUAUACCGAAGGAUGAAAGAAGAAAAGGAGUCGUUACAGCUUGCCAAGGCAAUCACGGCGUGGCAUUAAGUUAUGCGGGUCGGAAAUUGGGCAUUCCAAUUACAGUCCUACUACCAAAGCUGGCACCAGUUUCAAAAGUCCAAACUUGUCGAAAAUAUGGAUCGAAAGUUAUUGUAGACGGGGAAGAUGUUCACGAAGCGGUCAUCAAAGCUGCCGAAUUAGCGAGAAAUCAAAAUCAAAAGUUCAUCAAUAUUUUUUCAAAUUUCGCUCUUGGUGUUGGCAAUGCAACGGCUGCAAUUGAAAUGGCGCAACAAGUCCCAAAAAUGGAUUACUGCAUCUUACCAAUAACUUUAGAGAAGGGCAUCCUGAAUGGCAUGAAGGUUGCCAUCAAGAAACUGUGUCCGUGCUGCAAAAUAUAUGCCGUGAAAUGUUCCUCGAAAAGCUCUGCCCCGAUGUCCACAGAUGAUAACAGCAUUGUUGAUAGGGUGAUCGAAAUAAGCGAAGACGAUAUCCUUACGGCCUUCUUACUCCUAGUCGAAGUUGAAAAAGUUCUCGUCGAACCUUCUUCGGCAAUGGCUCUAGCAGCCCUCACUUCGAGAAAAUAUCCGGAAUUCCAAGAUAAAAAUGUUGUUUGUUUUUUGCCUAAUGGAAAUGUUGAUCUGGCUUCAGUGACGAAACUACUAGAACGUAGUAAUAUCAUUCCAAUGAACUCUAUCACGUUUUCGGUUUCAAUACUUGAUGAAGUCGGCGCACUCGAGAAACUAUGCGCAGAAGUCUCUAAAAAUCAAGUCUCCAUUAAAGAUAUUGUAUUCCCCAGAAAUUCGAAUAAUGAGAAGAUGAUUCUGUUCUGCGAAACUACCGGCCCGGAACACGCGAAGACUUUUAUAAGAAGUAUGCUGAGCGUGUAUUCCGAUUUUCAAGUGAUUCCUUUGCGAAGUGCUGGCAAAGAUCAACGGUUUGAAGGAAAACCAUUUUAUUUCUCAAGCAGUAAUGGUAACAAUAUCAAAAGCCAAGAUAACCUAGACAGGAGGAAUUUAGAUCAACGACAACAUUCUUUUCGGGCUAGUAAAGACAGUACAGAAAGUCGUUACGGUGACACUCGUAAAGGUGGUAGUGGGGGCAUCAAUGGCCGCAAUGGUCGAGAUGCGAUGAAAACUGCACGUGGACUUAUAAGACCGUUCUCACCGCCGCCAGUGCCAUUGCCACUCCGUUCUUAUUCAAAUAUUCGCGAUCCGAAAAAACAUCGUAGCACCUCGAAACAUUCCCAAUAUCAUGACUCAAACCUAAAUGAACGUAGCGCAAAUCUAUCCAGGGAACCUGUUCAUAAUGAAGGUACCACAAGAAUGACUCGAAACAAGGAAGGCGAAUCACGGGAAAAACAUGGUAAACGUGCCAAAAAUCGUAGCCAAGACGACAGUCAGAAAUUUGGCGACGAUAAUCGAGAUUCAACGCAUCAUCGAAGACGCGAUGACAAUAGUGCUAUAAUAGCUGGCGAGUUUGAACAAGUGGAUCAUCACAAAAUCUAUACUGUCGAUAGGUAUGAUGAUCAGUUGUCUCCACUGGAGAGUACACGUAUGGAAGAAAAACGAAGUGUAUCCAAGACCGUGGGAAGAUAUGAUAGGGGCGCCAGUAGAUGCCAUGUUGAUACAAUUGACAAAUUUACACAGUCAACUAUUAUCAGCCGACAAGAGUGCCAAAAAAGACAACCAGGAAAGUCAAGUACCGCUAGGACUCAGCACAGAAAGCCUGAAAAACCUGAAAAGUCCAGCGACUCUCUCAAGAAAGAUCGUACCCAAGAUAGUCGCGCUGAUUAUACUUUGUCUUGUACCUGCUUAGAAGACCCUUGGAGUAGCGAUAUUAAGCCUGAGCCAAGGGUGCAAAGUUUUGAGAAGUCCGAUGAUAGUAUGGAGAAGCCAGUUGAGGAUAAGUAUAAAAGUUCUAGAGGUGACUGUACUUGUCCCAACAAACCAGAUUCUUCAGAUACCUUCGAAAUAGCAAUGUAUUCUGCACGAAAUCAACCGAAGCUUGAUUCAUGGAUUUUAUCAACGGAUACUAUGGACGGUAACAUUGAGUGUCGUAGGUCAACAAUAUCGGUCUCGGAGCAGAACCUGCAUGAUGGUAAGGAAAAUCCACAGAUAAGCUCUCGAGUUCCGCCCAAGUUGAAAAAAUGUAGAAUAGAUUCUUGUCCAUUUAUAGAUCAGCGUGACAGAAGUACAAGGUCUCCACCAACCGACGAUAAGAACCUUUAUUGCGAAUGUGGCAAAAAAAUUGUCGGCUGCACUCGUCAAACGUGCCCAGCAUAUAAAGGAAAAUCCCCUAAAGACUUGCCGAAUGUAUCUAAAGAGUCUCGUUUGGCAAAACUUAGUCGAAACGGGACAACAAGUUCACAGAAACUCUCCAAGUCGUCGCAACCUCAGGACCGCAGCAAGAAUAAGGAUAUGAAUGAAAUGUCUGGGCUCAGCACGACAUGUACAAGUAGUUCUGACACGUCUAUCAGUGAGAAUUUGCCUGGAAAAGUUAGUACACAAAGUGCUCGUUUGGACGCAGGUGCCGAUGAGUUCCACUCCCUGUUUCAUGACGGCGACUACGAAGAAUGCCAUUGUUCUAAAACUGCUGUUUCUGCACUUCCAUAUAUUCUCGAUUUCGGGAAACGUCAAAACAAAAGACUUAGUGCAGCAGUGAAGAGUUCAUUGAAAGUAAAAAAAUCAUUUUCAGACUUUGAAGCCACUCUUCCAAAUACAUGGGAUUUUAUUUAGUCAUUGACUACACAUUUAUUUCAUUUUUGAUUUAUAUAUGUAUAAUAUUUAUUAUUUUUCAUGAAAGAAUUAUAUACGCAUACAGAUUUUA